GGACUGUGAGGUGAGAGUCUGAGCCCAGAUCUCCAGGAGCCACCGAGGGCUGCCGUCAGGAGCUGCCACCAUGUCGGGGAAAUUUGAGAUUAUGAACAUGGACAUGAAGGAGGGGACAACCCUGAAGAUCAAGGGCAAGAUCGCAGAUGAUGCUGAUGGCUUUGUGAUUAAUCUGGGCCAGGGGACAGAUAAACUGAACCUGCAUUUCAACCCACGUUUCGGUGAAUCCACCGUCGUCUGCAACUCACGGGAUGGCAACAGCUGGGGGCAGGAGCAACGGGACAGUCACAUGUGCUUCAGCCCGGGAUCAGAGGUCAAGCUCCUCGUGACCUUCGAGAACAACGAAUUCAAGGUGAAGCUGCCAGACGGGCACCAGUUGACCUUUCCCAACAGGCUGGGCCACGACCACUUGAGCUACCUGAGUGUGCAGGGCGGGUUCAACAUCUCCUCCUUCAAGCUAGACUGAGGGCAGCACCUCGCCAGAACGCAAGACCCCGGAGCGGAUUCCCGCUCCUGACCCCCAGC